AUGGCUCCCAAGAAGACUGUCCCAGCGAAGUCUACCGCUACAAAGACUCCUGGCAAGAUCCUGAUCGCAAGAGAGAAGGAGAGAUGGGACGAGGGCUCUGCGAGAGCUCGUCUGUCGACCAAGCGAUUUAGCUACCAUUCGGACCGGUUUACCCUUCUUUGCAUGAAGAUCGUCAAAGAGCAGAACCCCACCACCUUUCGCUCAAUGCAUGUGGAAAGAGAGGCGAUUAACGCUCUGCAGAAGAGCGCUGAGAAGCAUCUCAUCUCAGUUCUGGAAGGUGUAGCUGUAGUUGCAGAGCAUGCGGGUCGAAAGGCCCCCAUCAAGAAGGACUUUGAGACUCUGGAGAGCCUCCGCCCUUAUGUCGGAUAG